CAGUUAACCAUUUUGUUCUUGAGCUCAGCAGAUUGAUUUUUUUUACGCUAUCAUUUUUUUUUUUCACUAUUUCGUCUUGUGACCGUAAUUUGUGAACGUUUCUUACUGUCUAACUCGAAAAUAGUUGAGUUACUUGAAUUCAUCUACAAAUAUUUAAUACAAUUAUCAAAACUACUCUACAGGUGUUGAGUGAAAAAGCUGAUUACAAAUCGUGUUCGCAAUCAUGGCAAACUAUAACAAUCAACAAGCCCAAAAUGCAUUUAAAAAUGAUGGCUCAUUCCUAGAAAUAUAUCAACGUUUUCAACAACAGCAACAACAGCAAAAAACUAAAUUGGCAGAACUACCAAUACUUGAUGUACAAGUAUCUCAAACUUCACCUGCUCCUUCUGCUGCUACUAAUUGUUCUACUACUACUACUACUACUUUGGCAGUUGCCUCUGAAAAACGAUCUGAAACUCUUAAAACGUUGCCAAUAAUUGGCAAACGUAAAAAUAAAGCGUUGAAAACGGGUGUGGUUAAAAAGGUUAAACCGGACGAUGAAAAAAAAUUAUCUAAACCUACAGACGCUUGGUCAUUGUAUUUAGAUGAAGUUAAACGUUAUCAAGAAACAGUGGGAGAACAGGAUAAUAAGACUAGACCUCUUGUAAAAUAACUGAUGAUAGAUUCUCUUGUAUAAAUAAUAUUUGUAAAUAAAUACCAUACUUUUGCAAUAAAAUACAAACUAAAAAUGUCUAUAUUCAAUCAGAAAUAAUCACUUACUGAAAUUGUUAAAUAAUUUUUAACAGGAUUUUUUUUAUUGUUACUUUUUUUUAAAUAUGUUACAAAAUUAUAUAAGUGUACAACAUAAUAAUUAAACUAGGUUUCUUUGUUUUUAAGCUAUUUAAUUUAUAUUUGCUUUAAAAAAAUGUGUAUGCAUUAUAUGUUUUUAGUAUUGUUUUAAAGUUUUAUUUUACAUUUAAGUAUACUUAGGUAUUACUUAAUUAAUAAUUUAUAUUUUAGAUAUUUAAUGAACUAUGCUGGUAUUAUAUUUUAAGCUUGUAUUAAAAAUCCUCUGUUAUAUAUUAUUUUUGAAUUAAUGUAAUGAACUAGUUUUUAUGUAAAAUGUCAAUAAUAUUGGAUGUAUUACUAGUUUUAAAAUAAAUGGUAAAUACACCUAA